AUGCAGGCUCACGUAGGCAAUAUGCCUACCGCCAUGGAGGCCGAAGAAAAGAUUGAUCAGCAGCAAAGCCAAAACUCCAAAACUUGCUCGUGCUCUGUUAGCCGCUUGCUUGAUGGCACAAAUGCCGAGCAGCUCAACUUAAUGAAGGCCGAAUUUGCUCGCCAUGGGGGGCGUUUAGACUUACAAGAGCCCUUGCAACAACCUGUUGAGGCCGAGUCAGCGCUUUUUCAAAAAAAUGUAGCAAGUGCCUCCCACUCGUCUGUUGGAUCAGACGUCGUAGACGAAAAACACGACUCAGUUGAUCCUUCUGCCGACGAGUUUGCUGACCAAGCAAUCUUAAGCAGGGCUGCCCUUAUGGCAGAAGCUUUUGAGGCUGUCGACGUGAACGACGAGGGUUUUAUUCGAUGGGAGCACGUGGGGCACUUUUGCACAAUCCAUUCAAUUCAACUGAAUUCUGCUAGCUGCGUGCAGAAGGAAGUCGUUUGUCAAGUUAAUUCCGUAUCAGGUUCCAUAGUGGACAUGUGCUAUGUAGACACAUACGGGAAGAUUGCUCUGGCUGGGUACGACGGUAGUAUUCACAUGAUGACUACAAAUGGACUUAUGCUCACUGAAAAGCUGUCCUACAAGCAUCAGCCACCCAGCUGUCUUGAAUGGAUGUCUGGUCCCAACAAACUUCUCAGCGGAUGCGUGGACGGGACAGUCCAACUUUGGGAUUUGGUGACGUUUUCCGAAAUAUGUAGCAAAAAGGCCCACAACGAUUUUGUGACACAGCUUCUUCAUACUCCUGAUGAAGGAGUAUUCAUAUCUGCAUCGGCAGACACGACACUGAAAAUAUGGGAUGUCCAAAUGCUUGAAUGCAAACAUGUGCUUAAAGGGCACAGCCGAAGCGUCACAAGUAUAGCCCACUCAAAAGAAUACAACUGUUUGAUUAGCGCUGGCCUGGACCAGGAGCGACGUGUUAUGGGGAUCUUAGCUCAAUUUGCGCUCUUCCUCCUUACAAUCAUUGAGGUGACAUCUUUUGCUGGAUCCGCAGCGGGUGUUAUUUCGGUCUGGCGCCUUCAUAACUCCGAACAGCGACACUCAUGGGAAAUAUUCGGCUAUGGGACCUUGGUAAGGUCCAGGAACGGUCUUUGCUGGAAUCCGCUAAGCCCCAGUCUUCUACUAAAACUCAUGAAGGUCUCAGGCCAGCAGUUGAUAGCGAAGAUGACGUUCCGGCGGGGAGUAAUGGCACCUCGGCGGCGAACCUUCCUUACGCAACCUGCAUCUGAGUGGACCGGCCAGACCGAGGAAGAGCAGCACGAGAGCUCUGCGCUUCGCAAGAGGAGGGAUGGGACGAAGGUGGCAAGGCCGAAAAAGCGAUUUUUGGAGGUUACUCUAGUGCGCGAAAGUUCCGGGCACGACGAUGCAGUUUUGGCGCUCGAUCUUUGUGAGGCUGGAGUGUCGGCGAAUGCCACACCUGCAGAAGACGGUUCCACCUCUGAGGCUGAGGGGCACCUUCGGUGGAUCCUCACCGUUGGCGCCGACAGAGUUGUUAAGGCUUGGUCUCUGGACCUUCGGCGGCUCGGACAACUCACUUCCGAUGCAGCCGGCUUUUGGACUCCACUUGGAAACAAGAGCAUGGAACGAAGGAGGAGCUUUCUGCGAGCUGCAGGGCUAAAUUUAACCGCACUCCGUCAGCGGAUGGCUGAGAAGUUCCCCAAAAAACAGGAUGAGUUCGAAAGUGACUCUCCAGAUGUGGACGGGAGCGAGAUAGUCGCCCCAGCACGUUACCCAGGUAAUGACAACGAUGCUUUAAUAUCGACGCUACUCGAAAGCACGAAAGCAGAGAGCUUCUGA